CCGAAGCUGAAAAGGAGCGACGUGCGCAGAUGAAAGAAGGACGUUGAGAUCUCGGUUGCAAUCCGGCUAAAUGAGAUGGAGGAUAGUUGGUUCCAGAGGCUGCAUAGCCUGAUUGGGCCGCUAUACUCUACGGCAGACCGGAAAGGCAAGAAGAAGGUGUUAUAUACGUCAAGACAGGAGUUUGGCGAUGAGAGUGAAGCGAGUGACACGAGCGUCACACAGGAACUAAGCGAACAUACCGCGAAGCUGCAUAUCUCCGAAAAGCGGAAACGGGGACCUGAAGUUGUGAUCGAGGACAACCCUCCUAUGGAGAAGCCGUCCAAGUGUACGCCUAAGCAGGGGAUAUUAAAACCGGUCAAGCUUACGGCUCGCAUGACCCGGGUGAAAGCACGGAGACCGACAGGCACUAUGCAGCUGAGGAAGACACCCGGGCGACCACCAAUGGUUCGAUCGCCAGUGAAGACGCCAAUGUCCGUGCGGAAGACACCGAAGACGCCUAAGACUGUUCGAGUAACCCCGCCACUGAUGCCCCCGUACACACCUGUUACGCGUGGGGCCCUAGAGCGAUUACGAUAUCGAAACAAGAUGAUUGAUGACCUGAAAGCGCUCGAUGUCAUCGAACUACAGAAGCAAUGUAAGUCUGAAGAAAUACCCUACAAUGGGAAAAUCGAGGCAAUACUCGAUAUUGUCGAUAUCAAGGUGUUGGCUAGAUUCGGGACAUCAGCACAGGGACCUGCAGUUGUGAUCUACGUUGAGGAAUCGGAAGAACUUGGAGGAGGCGCCGAGCACGAUACCGCAUCUGACGACGUGGAGGCUUGAGAACACUUGGAGACGCCGAAGCUUUGGAAG